AUGGACCACACAAAUGUACGCACUUUUAAAAGACCCAGAGAUUAUGAGAUCCCUACAAGGGAACAACUAGCUGCCAUAUUCAAUCCUCUGAAAAAGUACAAACCAUCAUUGGACCGGGGGAAACAAACAAGAAAAGACUCGGAUGCUUUGAAUAAAGGAGUGCAGUCACCACCACCUUCGCCUACUUUAUCCUCUGGGCAAGCAUCUAGCACACAUCCAGCAACAACGACGACGACGUUGCAGAACAAAUCUCCAAAUACCGAAAAUACGUUGGCAAGCUGGUUACUAAAUUCUGCCCCGCCAGAUAUUGUGCCCAUUGUACAUCCACCUUCGUUUGUGCUGGAUUUCUUUACUGAUGUCACCACGGAUUUGACAGAUAGUAAAAGACUAAAUCAAGUAUGUGGUAUCAUAUCCAAAUUCCCACCUCCAAUACCACCGCCAAUCAAUGGUAAAAAAACAAGUUUCCUAUCUUCUUCUACUUCUUCUUCUUCUUCACAAGUCGCUUCUAAUACACGAUAUAAAUCGGUUAGUACAGAAGAUAACAAGGCUGAUGGUGUUCAUAUUAAAAAGGAAAAACAAACUAAAGCAAGAAAAGAAUCAAGAGAAGAAAGUGUUGGUAUAACCGAUGAUGACAAGGACGAGUAUGGAUACGAAUAUGAAUAUUAUGACGAUAACGAUGACGGGGAAGGUGAGGCAGAACGAGAAGAAGAAAGAGAAGGGGCUGGAAAGUUUAAAAUUGCCAAAGAAGGUGGAAUUAUGGUUCCAUUCAUCUAUCCUCCGCCGCCUGUGGUUGACCUCGAUGCUCUACCCUACUCUUUGGCGUCUUUUCAAAAGAAAUUUCAAGAUUCCUUGAACAAGCUUUCAACUAAUCCAGAAACUGUUUCGCAAUCCAAGGCUAUGGCGGAAGAUGCAGGAACUUUGGAGCAUGAUCGCAGCAAUCACCAAGGCAAAAAUAAUUACAAACAACCUUCAUUAACUAUACCUUCUUACUCUACUCCUUCUCUAGCUCCAAAUUCACCGACUCAUGAAAAAACAUCUAAAAGACGAGGGAAAAGACCGUUUAUUGCACAAGAUCCAGUAUCACCUGAGUCCACUGCGACAAUAGACAAAAGUGGGGUUUCAGAGAUCAAACUGCAUGAAAAAAGUAUGGAUGAAGCAACUUCAAAAGAGGCUCCGUUUUUACCUAGUGCUUCCCCACAAAAUGAAGGCACACCUUUGCUUCUGUCUCAAUUACCUUUGACAACACCAAACCGUGCUUUAAACCGUGCUUUGCAUGCUGCAAAACCAGUAUCGAAUAAAAUAUAG